GCAUUUCAGCCUUUCCUGGCCUGGCAUUGGUUGGUUCGUUGCAGCUCAGCUUCUUCACUAUGGUGGGCCCUGAUGGCAAUGAAUCCAGUGCCACAUAUUUUGUUCUAAUAGGCCUCCCUGGCUUGGAAGAAGCUCAGUUCUGGUUGGCCUUCCCAUUGUGCUCCCUUUAUCUCAUUGCUGUGCUAGGUAACUUGACAAUCAUCUACAUUGUGUGGGUGGAGCACAGCCUACAUGAACCCAUGUAUAUUUUCCUUUGCAUGCUUUCUAGCCUUGAUGUCCUCACCUCCACUUCAUCCAUGCCCAAAAUGCUGGCCAUCUUCUGGUUCAAUUCUACUAUCAUCCAAUUUGAUGCUUGUCUGCUGCAGAUGUUUGCUAUCCACUCCUUAUCUGGCAUGGAGUCCACGGUAUUGCUGGCCAUGGCCUUUGACCGCUAUGUGGCAAUCUGCCACCCACUACAUCAUGCAACUGUGCUAACAUUGCCACGUGUUACCAAGAUUGGCGUGGCUGCUGUGCUACGUGGUGCUGCACUUAUGGCACCCCUGCCUAUCUUCAUCAAACUGCUGCCUUUCUGCCGCUCCAAUACCCUUUCCCAUUCCUACUGCCUACACCAAGAUGUCAUGAAACUGGCCUGUGCUGACAUCAGUGUUGAUGUUAUCUAUGGCCUCAUUGUCAUCAUCUCUGCCAUUGGCCUGGAUUCACUUCUCAUCUCCUUAUCAUAUCUGCUUAUUCUCAAGACUGUGUUGGGCUUGACACGAGAAGCCCAGAAAAAGGCUUUUGGCACCUGUGUGUCUCAUGUGUGUGCUGUUUUCAUAUUCUAUGUGCCGUUCAUUGGAUUGUCUAUGGUGCACCGCUUUGGCAAGCGGCAUGAUUCCCUCCUGCCGGUCAUCAUGGCCAACGUGUACCUGCUUAUCCCUCCUGUGCUCAACCCUAUUGUCUACGGAGUGAAGACAAAGGAGAUCCGGCAGCGCAUCCUUAAUUUUUUCCAUGUGAGGACCCACACUGUAGAUACCUAG